GGCAUCGAUCGAUCGAUGGCGAGCUCGCUGGCCCGCCUGGGAGCGGCGCUGCCCCGCGCGCGCCCGCUCGCCGCAGCGGCGCGGAUCCCGCCCCGGGGAGGCCGAUGGGAUUCCGCCGCCUCCCGCCCCGCUUCGCUAUACGCUUGGAGAUGCCAGGUUCACUCGGACGUGAAGGCGUCCCCUGCAGCGGAGCCGAAAGAUGGGGGAAAUUCGUCCCAGAACUGGAGGAUCAAGAUGCUCUACGAUGGUGAAUGCCCGCUCUGUAUGCGUGAGGUAAACAUGCUGAGGGAAAGGAACAAAUCCUAUGGAACUAUAAAUUUUGUUGACAUCAGCUCGAAAGAUUACUCCCCGGAGGACAACCAGGGUCUCGAUUAUGAAACUGCCAUGGGGAGGAUACAUGCCAUUGUUUCAGAUGGAACUAUCGUCACAGAUGUUGAGGCAUUUAGACGGCUUUACGAGGAAGUGGGACUUGGAUGGGUUUAUGCAGUUACUAAGUAUGAACCUGUGGCUACCAUAGCAAAUGCAGUAUAUGGUGUAUGGGCCAAAUACCGCAUGGAAGUUACAGGUCGUCCUCCACUGGAGGAAGUUUUUGCAGCACGGAGACAAGCGGGCGAAUGUAAAGAUGAUAAAUCAUGCAAGAUGUGAGCAGCAAAUCGCCCAUCUUGUCCACUCUACAUAUUCUUACUUCAGCAUAUGUUUAGAUAGGGACACAUACAUAAGUAGCUAGUCUUACGUCCAAAUGAUUCCGAGAUUGAUGGUAUGAUGCUGUUCUGUGUUUGAGGGUAGUGGGUAGUAAAUAAUUCCAUGGUCUCUACACUGAUUCUAUUGGAAAGACAAACAACUUUAAGCAACUUUAGUUGUGUCCAGGAUGUGUUUGGUUCUGCAGUGAGCUUGUUGGUUCCUGCAUACCCUUCCAUGGUGAUCUUGUCCAUGUCUGACCGUCUAUAUUGGAAAGUAAAGUUUGUAUAUUUGAUAAAUA